CACAACAAUAAAACAUACAAAUAAUUAAAACAAAUGUUGGGAUAAAUGAAGUUUCGAMGCGAUCAGUGGAAUUUCUUGKAGGAUGCUGUUCAAUUCCAAAGCAUGGAGAAUGGCCGGCAGGAUGGCCCUGUCAGACAACAAGGCUCUGGUCCUGGGUGUGUUGGCUGGAGCGGCUGGCCUCAGCUUGGGCACUGUGGUGUUGUACAGCAGUAGGAGGGCCGUGCCAAUGAGUGGACAUGGUGUGCACAGUAAGCUGUACCUCACCAGUAAUGACCAGCGGGUGGCUGGAGCCAGUAUGGUGGUGAGGGAAAUGCCGGGUCAGGCUGAGGUUCUAGAUCGUCUCGCAGCCCUGAUCCAGUGUGUCAGAGCUGAAGGAAGAGGUGCGGGCCCUAAAGAGUGCCAUCCCAAAGCUGCAGGACCACGUCAGGGAUGAGCUGAGAGGACGCAGCAGCCGGGCUGAGGGGGCAGUGGCUCGCGUAAGGGCAGGCCCGCCAAACCGAACUACACCCACACGCAGGAGGAAAGUUGCAGGGGGAGUGGCCAGAGCUGGAGGCCAAAGCUCUGAGGAGGAGGCUGAGAGUGAAGGAGGGUACAUAACAGCUUUAACCGACUCCGAGGAAGAAGAGCAGAUUGAGGCUGAGGGUCAGAGUCCGUAUGAAGUGAAUGUGAUCGAGCCUCUGAAUCAGUUCUCAGCCCUUCUGGAGAGGGUGGACGCUCUACACGACGGCAGCGAUGGAGACAAGAGGGAAUGCCUCCGCACCAUGCUGGAUAAGAGGGAGCAGUUUGGACAGAACACUACGUUCUUAUGGCGACUAGUUCGGGCCUACGUGGAUGUUCAUGACAUCACUACCAACCUAGAGCAAAAGAAGACCCAUGCAGAAACUGGGAAGAAAGUUGGAGAGGAAGCCGUAAAGCUGAACRCUAUGUGUGCCGAAAGUCAUCAGUGGUACGCCAUAAUGUGUGGCAUCAUGACAGAGUAUGAGACUGUGCAGAACAGGAUAAAGAAUGGCUACAUCUUCAAAGAUCAUUUGGAUAAGGCCAUUGAGCUGAAACCACAGGAUCCUAUGUCUUACUACCUGCUGGGCCGCUGGUGCUAUGCUGUGGCUCAGCUGUCGUGGAUUGAAAGGAAAGUUGCUGCUACAUUGUUUGGAAAGCCUCCAAGUGCCACGGUCCAAGAUGGUCUGAAGAACUUCCUCAAGGUGGAGGAGAUCAGUCCCAAGUACUCCAAAUUAAACUAUGUGUUUUUAGCCAAGUGCUACAGAGACCUGGGGCAAAAAAGUCAGGCCAGGAAGAUGUGUGAUGCUGCUACUUCAAUGGAAACCAUUUCCAAAGAGGAUGAGGAGGCACAGAAGGAGCUGGACACCCUUUUCUCUGCUCUAGGUGUUAAUUGAGGACAUUGUGGAAUGGCUCCAUCCUCUUGCUAGGGAGGAACCCAGGAUCCUCCUCACUGGAAAGCACACUAUGAAGGGAAGCCAAUCCAUUUCUUCCUUGAUUACUGUUGGGACAGUAUCUUCUUCGUCCUAGUGCUCUCUGGGAUUGGAGAUGACUGGAUCGCUGUGCAUACUAGGGAACAAACUUAUCACAGACAUAUCAUGAUGUCUUAUGAAUGCAUAGUGCUUUGACAUCUGUUCGCUGAAGAGAUUGUGGUAGAAGGGACAGUUGGACCUAAGUCAAUCAAUGGUGUUGGUCCCAAUGGGAUAUACAUUAUCUACCACCUCGCAUCAAUACAGUCAGCAAUUAAGUGUAGGGGACCAGGCAAUACUGUAGCUAGAAAAUACAUUUUAUGAAGAUUUUAAUAAUUAUACUGAAGUUGGUUCCAAUAUGUGUGAUCACCUGUGUCAACCCAAACAGAUAUAUCCAAAACAAAAAUAUAAUAAUUUCAAACCUUGCUUACAUUUGUAUACAAUCACAUAUAUCUCUAUUAUGCGUGGGAAUACUUGAACAGAUUUUCUAAAUUAAAAUCACUUGAAGCUGAUUUCCCGGUGUAUUUAGUCUUAUGCCCAACAAUGAAAAUUCACAAAGAUAAAAACAUGUAUUCAUUUUUGCUCAGAAAACUUGGGGUCAAAAUAAAACCACCCGCGGACCAAAUUCGGCCCGUGGGCCAGUUGGGGGAACCCUGGCCUAGCCUAAGAACUGCACACACACAAGUGUGUUUUAAGGAGAUUCUGACACAAAUUCCUCAACAAUAAAGACCUUUAUGGUUUUGUGAAAGUGAUCCACAGAACUUGUUGGUCCCUCCCUCCCGCCAUGUUCUGUUUUUGUUUUGUCUCUAGCAGUGCAUUCAAGUGGCAAUAACAAAACCGUUUUAAACAAAGGUGCAACCCAAACACAGCUCUCUGUCGCACUGUGACUACCGAGUGACAUUUUGUCCCUUUUACCCCCUGAUUGUAAUGUAACUAUACGGCACCCUAUUCCUUAUAAGGUACACUACAUUUUACCAAAGCCCUAGGUCACUAAAUAGGGAAUAGAAGCUCUGGUCAGAUGUAGUGCACUAAAUAAGGAACGGGGCAUACCACCCUGCAUACC